AUGGCUUUCAUAUCGAAUUUAGGAAAUACUGGAAAUACAGCAAAUAAUUUUGUUAAUAAUAAUAAUAAUAAUAUGCAAACAGUUGCAACAACAGUUGCACCAACUCGAUCAUCACCAUUGCACUUGCAGGAUGGUCAGUGCGUUUCCCCACGAACGAUACAACAUUUGCAUCCUAUUAUUGCGCAGAUGCAAAAUCCGGCAACAGCCCAGCUCGUGUAUCAGCAAUUACUGAAUAGUGCAAUAGCAGCACAAUCGCAAUUACUGCAGAAUGCACAUUCAUCGCUUUUACAUACAGUUUCGCAACAUCAUCAGCAGCAACAACAACGACAGUCACAUCAUUCCGAUAUUCUUGCUAAUGUUGGUGUAGCUCAAGUAUUAAUGACAGCACAUGAUGCCUUUCCUUCUUCUUUUCAGUUGCAGACAUUAGCACAUUUACUGAAUCCACUGGUAUAUUACCAGCAGUUGGCAUCAUUAAUCCAGCAACAACAACAACAUCAACAACAACAGCCACAACCACAGCAGCAACAAUCAUCAAAUACCAUAGCUCCACGUAAAAAUAUUGACGACAUUGGUCAGCCUUUUUACUUUCUUGGUUACUUUCUUGGUUACACAUUUCAUUUGGUUGUCACAUGGGAAUAG